AUGCAGCUCUGGAACACGGCCCUCCAGCUCUGUCUGUUGGCUUCGGCUGCAAUCCCGACCGCAGCGGCAUCCUCGUGGGGGUUUACUGAUGCCACCGUGUCAGUUCAAACCAAAGGUGCAGGCGUUGGAACUGGACUGAAAGAACGAAUCCCCGACAACAAGCCUCUUUCCAAGCCGAUCGCUCUUGGGAGCUCCGACACCCUCAAGGUGAUCCUCACCGCGGAAGAAGGAAGCUCUGCGAAACGCGCCCACCAAGUCUUUCUUCUCCUCGAAGACCCGAAAACUGGCCUUGAUAUCUCAUAUCCCUUCACCGUCAAAGACAAUGGCAAAUCCAGAUUGGAGCUGACUCAGAAAGAUCUCCCCGUCCAACUCCUCGCAGCCUCCGAGCCAUUAGAUGCCAGAUUCCUCAUCGGCUCCUUCGGCAGCGCUCAAGCAUACAAUAAAGCUGCCUUCCAGCUGAGAGUCGCCCGCAACUCCGACCAACCGCUUCCGACCGUCGAAAUCCCGCGAUACGGCCGACUCCCCGAGAUUCACCACAUCUUCAAGGCCGAUGCGCAGAGUCCUCCCGUUGUCGUGACUUUGGCCUUUGUUGGAAUGGUGCUGGCUGCCUUUCCAAUCUUGGGUGGCCUGUGGCUCUACAUUGGCGUGAACCUCAAUCAUCUGCCGACUGCCUUCAAGGCGGCUCCCGCCGCCCAUGCGGUGUUCCUGGGAUCUCUGCUCAUCAUCGAGUGGAUCUUCUUCCUCUAUUACACCCACUGGACCCUCUUCCAGGUGCUUCCGGCCGUUGCGGCUGCCAGUGUCGUCGCGUUCAUCAGCGGUAGCCGCGCUCUAGGAGAAGUCCAGGGCAGACGUCUUGCUGGGCUGCGGUAG